UCAUGUGUAAAUGAAGUCCUCCGUUUUCUAAGAGACAACAUGGAUUCUUCCUCCAGGGGGCGCAUGGAGGCUCAGAAACCGUCAUUGACUCGCAUUCAAAUCACGGUUUUUUUUUUUUUUGUCUCAAAAGAGAUAUGUUUACAAUAAAAGUGUAGUCGUUUAAAUAUAUCAAUGCCGAGGACCCGGUGACUGACAUACAAUUUGAAAUCCGACCAAAAACAAGCCCCUGCUCAUCCUAACCAUCAUGACAAAGUGUGCUUCUGUUCCGUUCUGGACAACAAUUUACAGCUGAAUAAUUACACUGAAACACUUUAAUAGCCAUUGAAUUUGUUGCAGAGUAAACAUAUGAGAAAUACUGUUUACUUGCUAAACUGUGACACAAGCCACGCCCGCUUAUGUAAGAGGUUUCGUGCAAAUGCCAUUCUACCCACUUUUAUUUCUUUAUUCUUUCCCAUCAUGCUCUGUGGAGUUGUGAGCGGAAGCAUUCGCUUUUAACAAACCAUAAAGCUUAAAAUGCAUUUUUCGCAAUGAUAUUCGUGGGAAUUUUAGCGUUGGUUGUGUAAAGUCAAUAUUAAUGGAGCACAAUGACAGAAGCUCUCAGGAGGUGGAUGGGGACAGUUGUGGAUCCUCCACCUCAGGUUCGCCGGAGAUGGACCGAAACCCGUCGCCUCCACCCGAGGAAGAUGAGACUGAGGCCGGUGAGGAAGCGGACGCCAUCGGGGAGACGGUGUACAGCAAACAUUGGCUCUUCAGCACCCUGACCCGCCUCAUUGAAAUGGUGACAGAUCAAGGAAAUGGCCCGAGUGAUUUUUCCAUGGAACUGAUGGAUGAUUUGGAAGAGGACUUGUGUAAAGUAUGGGACAUGGCUAUGAAUAAGGACGUGGCUGUUUUUCUUCAAGAGUUCAAGGCUCCAGACAUCUUGCUGGGUGUGAUCGCAAAGUCACGCAGUCCACGGCUCACUGAAAUCUGUGUUGGAAUUCUGGGUAAUAUGGCCUGUUUCCAUGACACAUGUGUCUCUCUCAGCCAGAACUCUGACUUGGGCGCUGUGUUACUUCUGCUGCUCGGAGACAAUGACCCACCUACGCUCUUGGAAACGUGCAGACUCCUGCUAACAUGCAUGUCUCAGCCUGAUGUCGCCCCUCUGUGGCUAGAGAGGAUACGGCAGCAGCCCGCGGUGUGUGGCAGUCUGUGUUUUAUCAUGAGCAGCUCCACGAAUGUGGAUUUGCUGGUUAAGGUUGGGGAGUUGGUGGAUAAGCUCUUUGAUGAGGAUGAGGAGAUAAUGAAGAGUUGGGUGUCGACCCCACCCAGUGAGAGUGACCCACACAAGGACACACAGCAGGACAUCGCAUCCUCUCUGCUUGAGGCGGCCACACAGCUUAGGUCAGAGAGUCCAGAAGCUCUUGAAGUUUAUCUUCAUUCGCUCCAGCUUCUGACUACAGUAGAAGAGGGCAUGCAGGCUCUGGUAUCAGAUGGAGCGUGUGGUCGUGCGUUGUGGACAUUUGUGAGCAAGAUCGUAUGUGAGGAUUUCUGUCAAGCGGACGACCCUCCUCUCAUCCUGCAGGAGCAGAAGGGUCUCCUGGCCCCGGCGCUUGCCCUGCUGUCUGCAUUACACUCCAGUCUGCAAAUGGAUAUCGGUGCAGAAUUAAUAGGAAGUCUUAUUCGCAUUCUGCAGUUCAAAGCUGAAUACUGUCAGAGCCGUACAGCUGGAAGCUCUGAAUCAGGAGAGAGUCAGAAAGAAGAAGAGAAACAAGUGGAAGAUGUACAGCUCAAAGCUUUAGUCGAAACCACAGCUGAGUUCCUCUCAGUCGUAAUUAUGGAACUGACGAAGGAUCUUCUAUCAUCGGUAGUCAAGGAAGGGCACCUGACAGAGGAAGGCUGUGUGUCUGCUGUUGGCACCCUUGUACCACAACACAGAACGGCUGUCCAGCACCUGGUUGGCUUGUUGUCAGAAGUGGAACCGAAACUGGCAGACAUUAUAAAAAAGGACAUUCCCAUUUCAUCCAAUGUGUCAAGCUGAAUUCGGCUGGACAAAUCCAAAGUGUUCUUUAGCUCCAAGAUCUCAAACCCAAAAGACUGGAAAUGAGUUUCUUACCUCCUUGUGAACAGACUUAUCCUUGGUUUAAAUAUGAAAAAAAAUUUGCUUUUAUAGUAAAUGCUAUACCUUAAAAAUGUUUAAAUUGUGUAUAUUAUUGUUUUGUUUGUAUACACAGACAUCUAGUAAACAUAACCUGUUUUGUACUUGUCUUGAACUAAUAAUUUUUAUUUACAUUUUUAUAUAUAUUUCCAAGUGCACUAUUUUUUUUUUUUUUUACGUUAUUUAAUAUCCAUUAUGCUUCACACGAUACCGAAAGGUCACUCAAAGCUUUUAAAAAUAACUUCCAGCACAUGAUAGCGAACAUGACGUGUUUUUUUUUUUUUUUUUUUUUUUUACGCACACUCUGCUGCGUACACUCGAGUGUUUACUGAUGUUCGCUGCUCAAAAACCCCAUCAGGUGCCCCUCAAACGUGCGCGCCACGUCCGGGUUGUGAUCACCUCCCUCAUUUGCUUUCCAAAUGGCCUGCGCUAUCAGAACGGGGAGAAAGGGACUACUGCGCACUUCCCGCGUAUGUGACGCCAGCAGGAAUAUAGCAGCUCUUUAAUUAAGAGUUUGGAUUGAUAUGCAGAGCGCGCUGCAUUCUUAUGGAAAUGUGGCGUGUAGGAGGAGGACCUGAGAGAGACACGGCCAGACACUCA